ACCCCAAAAGUUCCACGUAUCACCAGACUGGCAGAAAUCUACUAAAAACCGUACGCUAGUGAUCGUUCAUUCAGCCUUUGUAAUCAUAUUCCGUUACACAUAACUCGUUUUUAUUUAACACAAAACUUUGUUAAAAUGAAAAACUUUUUCUUGUUUGCCCUUUUGGUUCUUCCAGCGGUUAUAUUCACAUUCGAUAAUGGUUAUAAAUUGAUGUCAUAUGCUGAUGAAGAUCCUUUAGAAGAUGAAGCUGAGGUUGAAGGCGAAGCUGAUAUUGAACCUGUAGCUGAAACUGAAGAUGAAGAGGAAGAAGUGAAAAGUAAAGCUUCGCCAGAUGCUGACACAACUUUAUUAUUCGUUCGGCCUGUUUCAACUGGUUCAACUCAAAUGGAUCUUCCAGCUGGAAUCCCCGUAGAAUUCUUAGUUGGCUUUAAAAAUAAAGGCCAACAAAGUUUCAUUUUAGAAACGAUUGACGCAUCGUUCCGUUACCCCAUGGAUUUUAAUUAUUACAUCCAAAAUUUCUCGGCGAUUCAUUACAACAGAGAAGUUAAACCAAGCCAAGAGGCGACAUUAGCGUACAGUUUUGAGCCAUCAGAAAGUUUUGCUGGACGUCCCUUUGGUUUGAGUAUUAACUUAAAUUAUCGCGACGAAUUUGGGGCUGCUUUCCAAGAGGCCGUUUUUAAUGAAACCGUGCAAAUUAUCGAAUUGGAGGAGGGACUCGAUGGCGAAACUUUCUUUUUGUAUGUGUUUUUGGCCGCCGGCGUUGUUUUGCUUUUGGUUAUUGGACAACAAACUUUGUUAUCAGUCGGGCGUAAACGCACGGGUCGGAAAGCACCUGUUGAAACUGGAACUAGUAACCCAAAUAACGUUGAUUACGAAUGGGUACCAAAACAAGCUUUAACAAAUAGUAAACAACAAAAAUCUCCAAAGACACCCAAACAAAGUCCAAGACAGCGUAAAGUUAAACGUAAUACCGGUUCGGAAUAGUGACUGAAAUUAAAAUUUUAAAAGUUUGUUUUUUUUUUUACAAUUUUUUUCUUUUGUAAUUUAUUAAAGAUCCCUCAUGCUUGUUGUUUUUCUUCGUAAUAGUAAGCUUAAUGAGUUUCCGUUUUUAAGACAUACUUUAUUAAGAAAAUUAUUCAUUUAAAAUUGUAUUUUUCUAUUUCUUUCAUAUACAAAGUUGUGAUUUACUGGUUAAAAAUUAGUUAAUGAGUGGAUGCAAUGUGUAUAUAUUAUGCACAAAAAAUCAUCAUUGUCAUUUUAUACAUUCAUCAGUCUUCUAAUAAAAAACGGUUUUCGUAAAAAA